CGUAAAACCCGUGUUCUUAUUCCGUAUGCGCACCGCGUCCACCUCCUGUGAUGGGUUUAUCAAUGCAGAGUCCGGAGCGUUUUCCUUUUCACGCCCGGCCAGUCUCUGCGUGAGGAAGGCACCGAGCAUCUCCUUUUCUGACGGAGAAUUUCUUCGCGCAAGAGAGAGAGAGGGAACGAGAGAGGGGAAGAAGGAGAAAGGACAGACCUCACCCGCACCUUAGUCUGCUCUGAACCUUUCCACCGGACCGCAGUGGAUGGAUCAUCAUCGCAAGAUGUGAAAAGAAGGAGGCUUCUUCUUUUUUAUUUUUGGCAGGCUGCAGAGUGUUUGAUCACAGGAGCUCCGCGCAGAGAGGGAUCAGCUGCCUCGCUUUUUUCUCUCUGCGCUCUUCCCUCAGCGGGUGAAGUGGGAUGCGGGUUACGCAGCAUCACCGGUGCCGUCGUUGCAAUCAACCUCACAGAUACACCUUCCACUUCUUACGGCCUAUCAGAUUGUGGGCCCGUGGAACAAUAAAAACUCUUUAACCGGUGAGGAGAAAGGGGCUCAUUUCUACCGGUGAUAAAGAGAAGAGGGAUAUUUUUCAAACUCCUUCGGAUGUGAUUCCCCCGCCAUCCGCUCUUCCUCCCCCCCCCCCCCCCCCCCCUUUAACUCCUCCGCUCUUAUUUUCUGCCUCUGUCCCGUGAAAGCGGGAAAAGAUCUGAUCAUCCCCUCACCCCCCUCUCCCAAAAAAAGAGAGAUUUCCCCGGACCGCUGUUGAUCUUAUCGCUAUCGCAUUUAAUCUGUCCAUUUCUCUGUCCUGCGAGUGUCGGUGGUGGAGGGAGCUGCGGGAGAUCCAGAGACCUGAGGAGGGGAAAUUGAGUUACUCUGCAAUUACAGGCUUUUCUUGCAAUUCAACCUGAGUUCUGCGGACCGAAGCGCACAAACCCCGCGCCAAAGUGAGAGGGAAAUUGAUUUUCAAGCCAAGCGAAGAGGCAGCAAAGGGUCCCGGGGCGGGGGGCUGUUGUCUAUCUCCAGCGGUCACUGGGCGGGAGGCGGGAACACCCUGUAGCGGGAUCCUGCGAGCAGCACCUCACCUCGAAGAAACCAGACUGUGUGUACAUAUGCACACACCUCUGCAGGUGCUGGCUCGCACUAUAUGUGUACGUGAGAUGACGAGAAGCUAAGUGACUACCACAACCACCUAGAUCAGACAGCCCUCUGUGCUGCAAGAUGGAUUAAAGCCCCACAUCUCAGGAGAUCAAAGGUGGCUGUGACAGGGGCACGCCCGGGGCAGGACCCAUGAGGAGUCAUAGAAGAUGCUCACAGCCUGGGCGCUUCUGCUCUUCUUAGCCAUGUGGGUGAGAAGCACCUCUGGUGGCCCGCUCUCCUUCAGAAUAGCUGCCAUUCUUGAUGAUCCUAUGGAGUGCAGCAGGGGAGAGCGUUUAGCCAUCACGCUGGCCAAAAAUAACAUCAACAGGAGCAGCAACCGCUCUACAACAGGCAAGCUGGAGGUGGACAUCUUUGAAUUGCUAAGAGACAGUGAAUAUGAGAUGGGGGAGACAAUGUGCCAGAUAAUGUCUAAAGGGGUUGUGGCAGUCCUCGGCCCAUCUGCCAGUCCAGCUUCAAACUCCAUCAUCAGCAAUAUAUGUGGAGAGAAAGAGGUACCGUAUGUCAAAGUGGCUCCAGAGGACAUCCUGAAGGUGCAGUUUCCCCGCUUCACAACUCUGGACUUGAGACCAACGAAUACCGACAUCAGUUUGGCCGUGGCCGGCCUUCUUACAUUCUUUAACAGUACCGCCUCCUGCCUCAUCUGUGCCCAGGCUGACUGCUUGUUGAACUUGGAGCAGCUGCUCAGACAGUUCCUAAUCUCCAAGGAAACCCUGUCAGUGCGCAUGUUGGAUGAUAGCCAGGACCCGACCCCCCUUCUGAAAGAGAUCCGUGAUGACAAGACGGCCACCAUCAUAGUGGACGCCAAUGCCACCAUGUCACAUAUCAUUUUAGAACGGGCAUCAGAGUUGGGGAUGUUGUCUGUCUACUACACUUACAUCUUCACCUCCCUGGAAUUCACUUUGCUACGACUGGACGAUGUGGCUGACCAGCGGGUCAACAUUGUCGGGUUUUCAGUCUUCAAUAAAACGCAUCCCUUCUUCCAGGAAUUCGUGCUCAGCCUCAAUCGCUCCUGGCAGGAGAAUUGUGACCAUGCACCCUUUGCCGGCACUCCGCUCUCGUCAGCCCUGCUCUUUGAUGCGGUAUAUGCAGUGGUUGCAGCGGUCCAGGAGUUGAACCGUAGCCAGAACGUCGGCGCUACUCAGCUCUCCUGCAAGUCAUCCAAAAUCUGGGAGCACGGCACAAGCCUCAUGAAUUACCUUAGGAUGGUAGAAUUGGACGGCCUAACAGGACACAUUGAGUUCAACAGCAAAGGUCAGAGGUCUAACUAUGCCCUGCGGAUCAUGCAGAACAGCAAGGAAGGCCUAAGGCAGAUCGGCCUGUGGCACUCUGAAGAUGGACUGUCCAUGGAGAGAACUCUUCCAUCAAUCAACGUGACAGACACCCUCUUCAACACAACUCUUACAAUCACAACAAUACUGGAGAAUCCAUACGUAAUGCUACGGCCAAACCACCAAGAACUGGAGGGGAAUGACCGCUACGAAGGCUUCUGCGUGGACAUGCUGAAGGAGCUGGCAGACAUCCUCAAGUUUAAGUAUCGCAUCCGGCUGGUCGGGGACGGCGUCUAUGGCGUUCCUGGAGCCAAUGGAACGUGGACUGGGAUGGUUGGAGAGCUCAUCUCCAGGAAAGCUGACCUGGCAGUGGCCGGACUCACCAUCACAGCAGAGCGCGAGAAGGUGAUUGACUUCUCCAAGCCUUUCAUGACCCUGGGAAUCAGCAUCAUGUACCGUGUCCACUUGGGACGUCGGCCGGGCUACUUCUCCUUCCUGGAUCCCUUCUCCCCUGGAGUCUGGCUCUUCAUGCUUCUGGCCUAUUUGGCCGUCAGCUGCGUCCUCUUUCUAGUGGCCAGACUGACGCCGUACGAAUGGUACAACCCCCACCCCUGUCUGAAGGGACGCUGCAACUUGUUGAUCAACCAGUACUCACUCGGCAACAGCUUCUGGUUCCCUGUUGGAGGAUUCAUGCAGCAGGGAUCCACCAUUGCUCCCAGAGCAUUGUCAACACGUUGCGUCAGCGGAGUGUGGUGGGCCUUUACAUUAAUCAUCAUCUCCUCGUACACUGCCAACUUGGCCGCCUUCCUGACUGUUCAAAGGAUGGAGGUGCCAAUAGAGUCAGUAGACGACCUGGCGGAUCAGACAGCGAUAGAGUACGGCACCAUGCAUGGAGGAUCCACUAUGACUUUCUUUAUGAACUCUCGCUACCAGACCUACCAACGCAUGUGGAACUUCAUGAACUCUAAGCAGCCCAGCGUGUUCGUGAAGAGCACAGAGGAGGGCAUCGCUCGUGUUCUGAACUCCAACUACGCCUACUUGCUGGAGAGCACCAUGAAUGAGUACUACCGCCAGAGGAACUGCAACCUGACUCAAAUUGGAGGACUGCUCGACACCAAGGGCUACGGCAUCGGCAUGCCACUGGGGUCAGUGUACCGCGAUGAGUUUGACCUUGCCAUCCUCAAACUUCAGGAGGACAAUCGUUUGGAGAUUCUCAAGAGGUUUUGGUGGGAGGGUGGCAAGUGUCCAAAGGAGGAGGACCACCGGGCCAAAGGUCUGGGUAUGGAGAACAUCGGCGGGAUCUUCGUGGUGCUCGUGUGCGGCCUGCUGGUGGCGAUCUUCAUGGCUGUGCUGGAGUUUGUUUGGAUGUUAAAACAGGCCCCAGGAAAUGAGCAGUCGGUGUGUGAGGAGAUGCUGCGGGAGCUGCACGGGAUCGUGUUGUGUCGGGACAGCCUGCAGGUGAGGCGCCGGCGCGCGGCGUCUUUGAUGCGGCCGCGACCUUUACCCCUGGAGGAACGUCGAGCGCGAGCCGCCGCCGUCAGCCUCAGCAAUGGCAAACUGUGCGCAGGUACCGGCCUGCCCGAGCCGCUCUCCCACAGACUGGCGCAGGAGGCCGCCCUGGUGGCGAGGGGCUGCAGCCACAUCCGGAUUUGCCCCGAGUGCAGACGCUUCCAGGGACUCAGGAUGCGUCCCGCCGGGGCCGGCGAGGCCCUUCCCUCUCCCACGCACAGCGAGGAGAGCAUGGAGUGGGACAAAACCACAAAUAGCAGCGAACCUGAAUAACACUAGGAAAAUCCAGUAAGACUGACUUUUCCAACAUACACCUCUCUCUUUUUUCCAGGGAUCAAAGACCAUGUGGUAUUUUUAUCCAGCCAUUCUGAGCUUGUUCUUGAAAAGCAGGACAUUGCUGCAGACUUUGUUUUGCCCUUGAAGCAACCACUUAAAGUCAGAUUUUGAAAUGUUUUUGGAUGAUUUUUGUUUUCCUUGGUCAGAGGAAAAAGAACUGAUGAGCGUGUCUCAUUGCGGUCUGUCCCUGGAGGCCCAUUGUACCCUGUGAAGCAGGACAGACAAAAACAGCUAUGGGGCAUUUGUACUAUGCAGUAUUUCCAGUCAUUUAUCAAUGUGCAGUUCAUUUUUUUUAAUAUUUCUGUCCUCUGUUUGAUUAUUACAACUAAAUAUUGUUAUUCUAUUCUUAAAAAAUAUAAACCACUUGUUUUUUUAGUCUGACAGUUACCUGUAUGAAGAUGUACCGCAUCCAAUGUGCUGCGAAGGAGUAGGAGGUUAAAGCAAAGUCAUCCUUUAAACCUUUUUAUGUUAAAAGUGCCAAAAACCACGAGUGUUCCCUUGUGGCUAAACGAAGCACCAGAGCCUUCAGAAAACAAACAAAUUCAGCUGAACCAAGAAAAUAAACACGCAGACGCACAUCAGCUCGUUUUGUAGUGACGCUAUUCUAUAAAAUAGCAUAAUAAAUAAAAUAACUGUUGAUAUCCCUGAAAGACAGCGAUGCGCGGCAUUGGUGAGUGGUCAAAUCAGUCACAUUCACAUUCUGAUCAAAAUAUAAGGUGGUGACUGAGUUUCAGCAUUUUCUAGAAAGAUGCCCGUUUAUUUCCGUCUUUCUUAAGCUGCUAACACUCUUUCUUGUCUCGCCACAUACAGUGGUGUCUUUACAAGUGCUUUUUUGCAGAGCUACAAACAUGGAAGAAAGAUUUUGCUUACGUAUUGGGUUGGAGGGUGUUUUUCUAUACUGUGCAGUAAAACGGAAUCUGCAUUUUGUUAUGCUGAAAUGGUUCAGAUCAAUUAAACAAUUGAAUAUCAGACAAAGGUAACCUGAGAAAAUACAGAAUGUAGUUUCCAAGUAGUGAUUUAAUUCAUUCUACCGAUACCAACAUUGUCUUAUUUGAAGCUAUCAUUGUCGCUCUUGUUAAAUCAUGAAAUAAGUUUAAUUUCAUUGACUAAGUCCAGGCUAGUGGUAGCCUGAUUACUGCUUGUCCUGUGCAAUAAAGAAGUCAUGUAACUAGCACCUGUCUGACAACAUGAAGUAGUCCAAAGGACCUCGAAAAACCAACACACCAGAUUAUGAUCUAAAGAAAUUCAAGAGCAAAAGAGAAACAAAGGAAUUAAUGAAUCAGUGUCAAAAAUAUUUUUUAAAAGUCACAUUUAAGGUUUUUGGAACCACAAUCAGUGCAAUUUUCCUCUAAUACAGAAAACCUGGAACAACAGUGAAAUCUUUUGAAGAAGCAACAUCUGAAGAAGUCAGAGAGAGACAUAGAGGAUAAGAACAGCAACCAAGGGAGAGUACCAUGGGGAAAACAGCAGCAGGCAGAAAGGAACACAAAGAUCCGUCUCACAUUUGCAAAAAAUAAAAAUAAAAAAUAUCAUUUUCAUGAUCCCAGAAACCUUUUGGAAAAUAUUCUGUGGAUUUACAAGGCAAAAGUAGUUUCUUAAAAGGUGUGCGUUGUUAAAACAGCAUUUCAGAAAAGAACAUCAUGCACACGAUAUUUAAAUCUAGUUGCCUCGUUUUGCAGCUGGUUUGCUGCUUCAGGACUUGGGACAACUUGCCAUCAUUGAUGGAACCAUGAAUUCAUGAAACAGGGAAGAUCCUGAAAGAGAGUAUCUGGUUGUGAAUUUGUGAUAGAGAGCAGUUGGGUUAUUAACUGGCUUAAAAAAAUUUUUAAGUUUUGGCAUGGAGUAGUCUAAUUAAAACUGAGCUUAAACCUGAGUGAGAUACUGUUGAAUAUGAAUAGUACAUCAUGCUUGAAUACAAUUUAGUUUGGCUGAAUUAAAAUAAGAAAAGUUGUUCAAAAUUCAUCUAAUGUGAUGCAAUCAGUUACAUCUGGUUGUUCCUACCAAGGCUGAUGGCAAAACUAGAUAUCAGGUUUAUAGGGCACAAAGAAUCAUUUAAAAACAACAAUGUAACAUUGGGUUGAGCAAUAUUAUUGUGUCAGUGCUAUGACAUUUUUGCAGCAUUUUCAUACAUUUUGUAGCAGUAGCACCUAUUUCAUUGAUUUAGGUUUCUCUGAGUUAAAUUAUAAAAGAGGCAACUUGACUUAGUUGUAGAUCAAAUUACAUAGAACAGUAAUGUUUGGUAAUCAAUAAUUCCUUAAAGACAUCAUCUUUGUACAUUCUGGAAAUGCAAUGCACGUAUGUGAUGGAGUAAUAAGGCAUUUUUCUAGUGCUACUUUUCUGCAGAUGUUCUUUUCCGCAGCAUCUAUGGAGUAAAAGUGACUUGUUUGUAAUUUUAUCCCAGAAAAUGGCUCUGCUAGGGAGGUCGCUAGACAUACUUUUUGGACCAUCCUGAACCAACCCACAACAGCAUUUUGGAUUCAGGCCAUCUGGUAUUUUGUACUGAAACAAUAUUCUCAGCAUUUUUAUUUUUUUUGCAUUCCUCCCAGUUUAAACUUUUUCAGGGGACUGAAGACGUUGUGAGAAUGUCGAACAGCAUUUAUUCGCAGAGGUGCAGAGAAAACCUCCACAACGCCCCUGGAAUGUGGAGCAAUUUUGCAACACUUUUGGUACAUGUAGGUUGAAUUUCAUUAAACAUCUGUUAAUGGAGCAAAUUAAUUUCUUCUUAGUUUGAAAGCGUUUUUAAGUUUUAUUCCAUUGGGAGAAGCUUGGAGUGAUUUUGCCAAAGCUAUAGAUAGAAGACAUGAACCAAUCAGUUAUAUUGCUCACAAUAAAUCACAAGGUUUUAUAUAUACUAUAUAUAUAUAUAUAUGUACAGUCCAUGCAGGAAACUUUUUUUGUCCAUUGUCUGCCCAAGGAUCAAAGGAGAAACCUUUUAGGGUUAACAAUCCCUGGGAGGUUAAAAGUUGAGGGUAAUUUAGUUCUGGAGACAAAAACGUUCAGGUCAGCAUCAUGGAAAAAUCCCUUUAGUGCCACAACAUUUUGAUUCGUUUCUCAUUUUAUUAGAUUUCCACAACAGUUGUUAUAAAUACCUGCCAGUGAUGAACACGGUUUUUGUUCCGUACAUGCUGAAUGAAAUCAGGUCCCUUUUUCUGCUGUUAAGUCUUUUAUUUUUGCCUUCAUAUGAAACUAGUGACAGACCAAAAAGCUCUUGGUCAAGAAGCUUUUACUGCAGCAGUUUUCCUCCGUUCUUUUAAGUGUUAAAACGUCGGCGCUUUUGUUGAAUGUGCAGUUUUACAAGCCCCUUGGAGAAGUAUUUUGCUUCUGAUGUGUUAUGACAGUUUUCAUACUUUAUUGACGCUAUAGAAGCAGAAAAAAGUCAUUUGUUUUUUGGAAUGAGUGACUUGGGGAAAUAUAAACAAUGAUUCAUUCACUUUUCUUUCCCUUUCCAAAGAGUUUGAUGGCAGAAAAAAAAAUCUAAUUAAUCACACAAACAGUUUGCCCUGUUAAUCCCUAAAUCUCGAUUUAAAAAUCAUUUAUAAAUGUCUGUUGGAAUGACAUUUUCCCUUUUGCAUUUUCCUACAAAUGAAUCCAGGAGGACUCUUAGUUACUUAUGAGAGUUUAGGCUGAGUGGCUGUUUUGACUGCUUUAUGAUAACCUCACUGAAUCAGAGGGCAGACGGCUGCCAGUGCAGACCCGUCCUUAUCGCUGAUGUGCCCAUCACUUUAAAUCUGCACAUCACAAUCUGUCAAUCACCUUCAUGCCAUGUUGUUGUGAGAAGUUUUACAGAUUUUUCCCCCUGUUUUUGCUUAUCUCAAAUAAUUCAGAUCUUCAAACACAUUUUACCACCAGACAAAGAUAACCCAAUUAAAUGCAAGAAGAUGUUUUCAAAGUACAAAAAAAACUUUAUCCAAACAAGGCUUAAAGGUAACCCACUUUGGUUGACUCGUGCUUACAUUGUUGCUAACCGAACAGCUCUUAUGGAAAGCUGAGUUCAUUUAAACGAGUCAUGUCCAAGCCUGCCAGAUCUGCAGAACCAAGAAAUGUCUUAAGUAGAACCUGUCCGACAACAUAAUACAGGCAAUACGACAAACAGUCUGGAUAGAUCCAAUGAACCACAAAAAUAUUGUUUUUUUUUUGUUUAUUUUUUCACAAAUUAAGAAACAUAGAACAGUGGUGAACCUUCCCAGAAGUGACUGACCUCCCCAAAUUACUCAAAGAUGGCAUUAAAAACUCAUCCAGGAGGUCAGAAAAGACCCCUGACCUAAUUUGAUUGAACUGCUCUGGUACGCCCUUAAACAGGCAGUUUAUACUUGAAGCAAUCCCUCAAUGUGCCUGAAUUCAAACAAUUUAAAGAGGAGACAGCUAUUAGGCUUAGGGCGCAAUUAUCUUACUAGUGAGUGGUGCUUGGAUUGUUUUUUUUAGUUCAUAAAUGGAAUCGUUGCUUGAAAACAGUUUGUAUUUAUUCAGGUUUUCUUUGUCUGAUGACAAAAUUAGUUUUAGUUUUUGAAAUAUUUAGGCCCAUAAGGGUUCAAAUCUUUUUUACAGCACUGCAAGAUGCCAUUUCACGACAGCUUUAAAUGAAGGUGCAGCAUUCACCUUUCUGUCACUUCAAGCCUCCAUCUCGUCAGAAUUUCCUCUCCUCCUUUAGAGCGAGCAAUGUGAAGAGAAACAUGUUUCAUUUCACAAAACAUCUGUCAGGUUUAAAUGUCUCUGUGUUUUUUUAUGCACAUUAUUUGUCCAUAAUCUGCUCCAAUGUUGUUGUUUUUCAUUCAAACAAGCUGGCUCACAAAAGUUAUGUAAAUACAGUGUAAUCAGUGCAGUUCCUGGUAAAUGUCUAUUGUGGUAUUUUUUUUUCAAGAGUAAUUAUUGUUUGACGUUUAUUGUGUUAAUGGAGCAGCAUUGUACACUCUUGUGUUUUGUUUGUUUGUUUGUUUUUUAAUUACAGGAAUCCUUCUCAUGGACAGCUACAUUGAUUAGUUUAAUGAAGAAAAAAAAUCUUAGGUCUCCAGAAACAUUCACUGUAAAAUGCGAACAUUUCUUUAAAGAUUUAGUCAAAUUAAUGAGUCAGUCCAAGAGAAGAGAAGACCCAAAUUUAAAAAGGUCUAUAAAAGCCGUUUUCAUCCAUUUGCUGAAUGUUACUAAGAAGCAGAUGAGAGUGUGAAGGCUCUUUCUGCUCUCAAUGCAAACUUCUUAAAUGCUGAAAACAUUUACAGAGGUGCUAAAUCAAGCGUAGUGGGAAUGAGAUUGCCAAUUACCUUGAAGGCACGGAGAGCAGUGGAGUACGAAUUAAAACAAAUCCCACCGAGACUUUGGGCGACCUUCUCCGGGAGAGAGCUGGCACUGUUUGUGCUUCUAUAUUUUAUAUGCUUUAUUUUUUUAUGUUGACAUUUUAUUUCAUUAUAAAUACAUUUCUGGAAACAA